AUGAAAGUCGACGUUAGUUCUUCGAAAGCUUUUACAACGGAUUUGAAUCCGGCAUGCGCAAAGGCGAUCUCUGAGUUUCAAGCCCCGAGCAGCGAAGAAGAAUUUAUAAAGAAAUUGACCUCGAUGAAUGAAUGGAGCUCAGUCGUGGGAAAGACAGAAAUGAUUCGUUGGGUCGAGGUGUUGGACCGAAUGGAUUCGAUUUUGGAAAGAGCGACGACACUCGAUGAAAACAACAGAUAUCUCGUCGACGUUGACAUGACUCUGAAAAACUCGGUGAUGGUCAUACUGAAGUUCACGAGUCUCCUCUUCGAAAACACCUCUACAAGAAGCGUUUACGCAAGCACUGAUAGAUUACUUCACUUGCUAAACAGUGAUUCGAUGGUUAUGGUCAUUCAAGUACUUCAAUUAUUUCAGUGUAUCUCAAAACGCUCACACUUUUUGCGAACCAAAAUGCCUACUCAUCAACAAACUCGUUUUCAGAGCAUUUUGACCGCAAUCUCACAGUGCUGGUUCUCAAAGUUACGCGUAAAGAUGAAACAGGUGGUGGAAGAUCUGAAGCCGAGCUAUGUUUGGCCGUACCAACACAAUAUAUCGAGUGAACGAGUGAUCAGCAUUGGGAAGCCAAAGGAAAACGAAUCACUGACAGCUUUGAUUAAAAGACAUGCAUCGAAUGAGACGGAAGCUGAAGAAAUGUUGAAAGAUGAUACGCUCCGAGCUCGCUUAAGAGUCGCCAAGCAUUUCUUUUCUGUUUCUGGACGUGUCUACAUUGUGACCACAAGAAUGAUUGCGAUUAGCACAUUGAUUUACUCGCGACUUCUCGGAGAUGACCUUGAGUCUCUAUUCACUCAAUCCACUUUCAUCUUGGAUUGUGGGGAAGUGGCAAAGAUCUCCGAUUACCCAGAAGAACAGGCUGAGAAGAUUGAAGACAUGCGAGCAGAGGCACUCCGAACAUUGACAAGCAUUGCGGCACAAGAUAAGUAUCCACGACUGCAGCAAGUGAUCGAGGUCCUGGGUGCGAGCAGUUAUCAUGGUUUUUUGGGAGUCUUGGUCCGCAAAUGUGUAGAUGACAUGCGAGCUGGAAAAGUGUCUCUUCAACUUUGCACGGCAUUGUUCUCGUUGUUGUAUCACAUCUCGAGUAUGGAUCAAGGAGGUGAGGCCAUUGUUGGGUGUGGUUUGCUGCCAACUCUUCUAUCCGUCGUCUCAUGCACAACGAUUUCCUUGUCCCAUAUCUCUUUUGUUACUCGAUGUGUGCGGGUGAUCGACUUGGUGACUGCCUACGAUGUUCAAAAUUUCCGUCAAUCAACCGGAAUGGACAUUUGCAUUGAUCGGCUUGUGCACGAAGUGGAACAGUGUAGAAAAGAGCAACCGUACACGAUUGAUGUCAAUCUGGAUAAACCUGAUGAUAGCGGAGUGAAUGAGUACAUUUUGCAAGCGCCUUGUGGUCGACCGUGUCACCAACAACGAUCCGCGCUCAUCAAGAGUCUUCUGAAUUUCUUGAAACGAAUCGUUGGAGACAAUCAUUUUACGGAACAAGCCCGUCAAAUGAUGAGCGGAAAUCUUCCCAAAGCUCUCAUCCACAUCAUCAGCAACGCCGACUAUUACACUGCCAGCCUUUUCCAGAAUUCUAUUCAAUUGGUAACCAACUUUGUGUAUCAAGAACCACAACAACUUUCAAAUCUUCAACAAAUGCAUCUGCCCUUUGUCAUCCUGCAUUCAUUGUUGCGAAAGGAGAUCCCAGCGGCCAAAGAUGUGAUCAACAACAUGACGAACACUUUCACGGCUUUGUGCUUGAACGCUCGUGGCCUGGAACAACUGAAAGCCUACGAACCAUUCGAUCACGUAUUCAAGAUCAUUCUCUCGCUGAAGUUCAUCACAGCGAUGAAAAGGAAAAGAAAUGACAUGAAUUAUGUCGCGACUGGAAUCGGCUCCUCAUUGGAUGAUCUCCUUCGUCAUCAUCAGUCCUUGAGAAGCCAGAUGGUGAAAUCACUAAUGCGAGUGCUCAAUCGAUUGAUGGAUGUUAGCACGAAACGAAGCAAUCAAGUUGUCAUGUCGCUCACAAAACUCCAAAAAGGAAGCCGAAGAAGAUUCCAGCUACAGAAUGCUAAUGAGAUGGCGGAGAAUAAUCGAAUUCGAUUGUUUGAUAUGGUUCUGCAUCAAGUCCCCGCCUCGCCACAAAGAGAUGAAGAAAGCGAAGAUGAUGAUGAAGUGGAAAGUGACACGAAUCAAGAAACUGAAGCUGAAAGCAAUAGGGAAGGGGAAUUCGAAACGGAUAGCGAACAAGCAAAGACAUCAACAACAGAUGAAGGAUCGAAGAUGGACACGAGCUCGCCUGAAGCAAAAAUGGUCGAUGAUACAAGGGCUGACAUGCUGGGAUUGAACAUCGACACUGUUGGGCCUGAUGGAAAUAUAAUUGUGCCAUUGGGAGAGUAUUUGUUGAUCUUUUACCAGAUAAUCGAGACAAUGGUCGCACAAAGCAACUUCCCCGAUGUCAUCACUGGCCUCAUUGAUGAAGGCGGAGUGGAUUUGCUGAUUAAACUCUCGCAAAUCAACCCAAUUCGUCUCCAAUUGGCUCAUUCGACUCUUCCACAAACAAUGGCAAACAUUCUCAAAUGUGCAUUGCAACAUUCAACCAACGAUGAGCUCCUCUCGUCUGUUCUGAAAACCUUGACAAAAACCCUGGAGCCAGUCACGAAGUUCCGACCAGUCGCCGGUUAUGCCGGUGUUCUGCCACUAUUUGGACAAGCGGGCGCUUCGGAAUCAAUUGGAUUAAUCACAUAUGUCACCUCGAUUGUUGGAAGUCUUUCGAAAACUGCUCAAACUAGCUCAGAAGAUACGCGCCAAAAAGUACUCCGUGCUUGGACGUCUCCCAAUGGAAUUGAGCUGGCUGACUCUUUAAACAUUGUGGCCAGAGUUGUCUCUAAAGAGUUGGCAAUCAAUCAGAUUGUGCAACAAUCAACAAAGGUUACCGCUCAAACGCAAACCGAUUCCGGUGUGGUUAGUGUGGAUACAGCCGCGGGAACUUCAGCCGAUGAACAAGUCGCUGUGACUGAAGAUCUUUCGAAGCAAGACGGUACACAGCCGGAAGAUGCGGUGAUCACAGAAGCAGCCCCACCCAGCAUUCCUUUGUGGCAACAAGCUGGAAUUCAUCAAACAGAACGCGAUUUUUGGACAAAACAAAAAGACAUUGCUUUGUUGCUGAUGAAAUCACAAAAGAGUCUCUUGGAUUUCCCGAUUCAACUCACAAAGGCCUGCUUAAAACCCCAGCGAAACCCGCGACGAUACGAACAACCACAAAGAGAACAAGCGAUGGGAGAGGAUGCAAAGAAACUGGCGGACACCAUCUUCAAAAAGUACUCGAAUAACAUCAAAGCGACGUACGAUGACUUUUCUCCAAUCAUGAAUGCUUAUGGAAUGGAUGUGAUCGAGCAAGUCUCUUCAUCGCUUUUUGACGAACGCCGCCAACCCAGUAUGCCACUUUUGGCAAUUUUCUACAAAUCUGGUUGUCAUCGAGCUUUCUGCCAAAUGUUGGUCUCCACCAUUGCACCGCAAUUCGAAACUGUGCCAGGAACAUCUAUCUCGCUUGAGACAUUGAUUCGACACUGGAUGAGUUUAGCUGAUCGACUCGUCAAUCGAAGCAAUUUCAAUGUCUCGAGAAAUCGCUCGCAUGUCGAUGCUCUCAACUUCCCACCGGAGAAAUAUUAUCGACUUGUUUUAACGGAUCUUUUCACUGUCUUUAAUCAACUCUUUGCUGUUUUGCGUGGCGAUCAUGUUGAUUUAAAGUCUCACAUGUCGGCGGCGGAAAAAAGCAUCACGGUUUACAAAGAGGUUGUUCGAAAUUUGGUCACUUUGCGUGAUGAGGGUUCGUCGAACAAUGCAGCUCGAGCAACGGAUGUAAAUGCUGCGGUUGAACUUGUUGAUCACAACCAUUUGGCAAUGCUGGUUGAGAUGGGCUUUGAACGGCGCGAUGUCGUUCAAGCGCUCAUUGAAAGUCAAUCAAUCUCUGAGGCUACCGAUUAUUUGAUCUCGAAUAACAGACAGCAAACAGCACCUGUUACACGAGCACAAACCUCUGAUGAGACAGCGACAGCCACUGAGGAUAGCACAAGUGAGACAACCACCAAGCCGACACCGAUGAAACGAAUUUCGAGUGAAGAGGAGGCACCAUUGAAUGAGCUGAAACUUGACCUCAAUAUUGAUGAUGCUGUUUCGCGGACUUGCAAUGAGAUGAUUCCACUGUGUCGUAGACUGAUGGACGUUGGAUCGGAUCUAGUCUACAGUUCGGCAGAUCUGGUGAUCGGUGUCAUCGAUACAGCAGAUCCAACUUGGAGAACUCAGGGCCUAAUUCGAGCUGGAAUGUGUGACGAACUUCUCAAACUCUCAAGGGAGCUUCUGGCUGAUUUGAACUGUAAGGAAACGGCUAGAAAUCUUUCGACCCGACUGCAUUUUGCUUGCUUACUCUGGGAAGAUGUUGCUGAAGAGUACAUACAGACUCUUGCUGAAUACCCACUUCGAGAGACUUUGAUUCAACUGGCAGUGACAUUAUCAAAGACCACUGAUGGAGAUCAACAUUUGCAAGAGAAAGGACUCAUUGGACCAUUGUUGUUGUGGCUUGACCUUUACUCGAAAUGCUCGCGAAUGGUUCGAAGAAAGACACUUUUGACAGAGACUCUUAAUGGAUCAUCAUUGAAUUGGUCGUAUUAUCAAUUUGAAGAACGUUUUGGAGCCCGAGGAAAAUUUGUUACGUUCGAUGCGGAGACAACGCAAGUGAUCAACAAAGCUUUUCUCGAUGGCAAGCAAAAGAUUGCAUUCAAAAUGAAAAGCAAAGAAUAUGUACUGACGUUUGAUGACAUGACGAUGAAAGUGGAGGGUACAAACAAUGCGGAACGAAAUCUUGUAUGCGCUGAACUUCCAAAAGAGUUUGCUGUGAACAUUAAGGAUGUGCUUGAUGAGGAACGAACCUCUACCUUAUCGGACGGAGAAGUCUCUGAUUUAAUCGAGGCCGCGAUCAACAUCGUGAAAAAAGUUAGCAUUCAUCACUCGGUCGCCCAUUCGGUGUUACUUCUGUUGGCAAGAUUGACGUUGAAUGAGACUGUUGCAAAUCACUUUUACCAGAUUAAUGGCUUACGAGAUUUGCUACAAGUGCAAUGCCUAUCGUCGCCAUCCACGUCCGGCCUGUUGACAUUGAUUGUUAGAAAUUGCAUCGACAACCAGGCUCUGCUUGCACCAGUUUACGAAAGAUCCAUCCGAGCCGUCGCUGGUGGAACGCACAACUCAGGAAAUACGACUUUCACAAGAUGGAACCCAGCAAGGAAUGCCCAUAUGAGAGAUUGGCGUUCUUCGUUGAAUGCUCUGCAGCCACUUCUCGUUCGCGAUCCUGAACUAUUUGAGAACACCAUGGAAUCAAUUGCUAAAAUUUCGGAUGGAAAGUUGGCUAUUCAGCAACCCCAGCAAGGUACUCAAGCGACAUCCACCCAGAAUCCAUCUACGUCAGUUGAAACAAAGAACGCGAGCAUAACACCAGCUACUAACCAAAAAGUUGCAAAGAUCUUGGAAAUUUUGCUUCGUGAAGUUUUGGAAUCAGAAUGGCCAAUAGAUGAAGUCUCUGGAUCACAGCGACGAAUGGUUUCAAAAGCCGUUCUAUUAACCAUCGCUGCUGAAUUGGUGCGUGGAUAUAGCUGUGUGGCCAGCGUACUGUGCGAGCUCAAAGCAGAGGAUCAUCCCGGACACACAAUUUUAUAUCCGUUGAUCGAUAAAAUUAUUGGUGAUCUAAAAGAUAUCGAAACACACAACGCAAUGCGUACCCUUGUCGCCACGAUCUCAUCAUGCAACUUUGCGAGCAAGGCAAUGGAUACACUGGUGUCAGAGGUGAAAUCAGUGAUCACGGAUUUGGCCCAUAAGAAUUAUGAAAGUCAGCAACUACUCUCAAAGGUUUCGGAAUUGGCUAACCUUGUUGUCCUGAUGCGAGAGGCCUGCCCGACUACAUCGAAUAAGUUACCUGGCAAUCGGGAGCAAAAUCAGGGAUCGCAAAACUCAACGAACACGAUGGUACGGCUCCUCUAUCGUAAGAAGAUCUGCAGUGAGUUGGCACGCGUUUUGGCUCUUCUACCGCUAGGCAAGAAGGAAUCGGUAGAAACAGUGAACAACGUGCUUCGGACUUUGGAUGAGUUGGCGCGAUCGAUAAACUCGUUAAUCACUCUUCAACCCAACAGCUCUGACCGAACGCGAGAAGCCACUGUUGCUGUUCAAGAUGUGUCAUUUUCUGUUGCACCAGAUCCAACGAUUCCACCAAUUGUUUAUGAUGAAGAACACGACUCCUUGGUAAUCACUCUCGAUGAAGAAGAUACCGAAGAUGAAGGCGACGAAAUUUUUGAAGACGAUGACGACGAUGAUGAAGAACAAAGCGAAGAAGAUCCUCUUGAGCGACGCCAUCUUCCAGAUGAAGAAGAGACAAACAGUGAAAAUUCCGAAACAGAAGCACAUCAUGCGCACCUCGAUGACCAUGAUCACGAAGAGGAGAUGGUUCGCGAUGGAGAAGAAAAUGAAGAAGUGUCCUCGCAGUCGACUCAAGAAGAAGCACCAGAAGCUAUUCCAAACGGCGUUGAUGUCACAAUGCACGACACUGACGGAGAGCAGGCUCAAGCGCAUGAAGAUAAUCUGGUUAACGAAGUGACGGCUGAAGAAGAAAGCGAAGAUAUCGAUGAAGAGGAUGAUGAAUUUGAGCGCCUCUAUGAAAUUGGGGAUCUUGCUCGUUUUCCACAAGAUAUCGAAGCCCAAAUUUUAUUUGAUCGAGACGUUGAUGGACUUGGCUUACCAUUCUCUAUCAUGCAGCCAGGAACUUCCAUGCAGAGGCAUCAAUUUAACGCGAACCGAACACAAGAUCAUCCACUGCUAGUGCGCCCAACAGGUCUUGCUGCAGAAACAGCUCGCCCAACGAUGCGUGAGAUCAACGAAAGACAACCACAAAGAUUCUUGAUUGAACGGAUUCCAGGAAGAAGUGGAAUUGGAAUUCAAAGGACAGGAGCAAUUCGAACGAGAAUGUUGGAGAACGUGUUCUUGGAUGAGCUAAGACACCUCGGGACCUUAGGCCAAGGAAUGCGACAAGUUUUGGACAGAGCUAAUCUUUUUGCUUUCACGGAUGGUUCCAAUGAGAAUUCUGGUGCACCAAUGGCAAGUGAUCGAAGAUGGUCUCAUGCAUCGACGGCGUUGGAAAGACUAGCUGAUAGCAUCCGCUUGCUGGAACCAUUGUCUGCCCAAUAUCUUACAAUUCUUGUUAACCACAUCGUUGUUCGGAAAGCCGAAGAAAAGGAAAAACCAGUCUCUGAAACCACGAUUCCAAGCAAAGAGCUUCUGCAAAAAGCUUUGCAACAAGCCGUAAGAAGGGAAACGGAACCCGUUCAACCGACAGCAGAAGAACCAAUGGACACCCAAGAAGAGCGAGCUCAAGUUGCCGAAGCAACCGCUGAAGCACCUAUGGAACAAGAACAAGUACCUCCAGUGCCACCAGUCGAAAAUGAAGCAAAUAAUCAAGAUGAACAGGAUGUCGCCAUGAUCAGCCCAUCUUCUGAAUCGCCGAUGGAAACGACCAAUGACAACCAAGAAACGCCAAAUCAAGAGCAACAAAUUCAAAGCGCAGCGGAAGCUCUUCCUACGAUCGCAGAUCCCCAAGAGGCAAAUCAGAUGAACUCAACUGCUGAAAAUGCGGAACAACCAACGGCAUCUUCAGGAAUGGUCAGAGUUCCAGAACAAUAUCGAGAUAUUCUUGGAGACAUCGAAAUCCCGGAAGGAGUUGAUGUUGAGUUUAUGGCUGCUCUUCCAGAGGAUCUUCGUCAAGAAAUUUUGCGCGAUCAUGCCAGACAACAAAGAGCUCAGAACCCAACCAAUCCGGCUCCCGAACGUGCUGCAAUUCAAAAUGCUCCCGGAGUAGAGCCUGUCGAUCAAGAAUUUUUGGCAGCUUUACCGGCAGAUCUUCAACAGGAAAUCUUGGCUCAACACGAACGAGCUGUUCGAGAGGCUCAAAAUGCCCAAAAUGCCCAAAAUGCUGACCAACCGGCCGCAAAUCUACCACCGACAAAUUCGGCUGAUGACGCACUUGCUUUAAUUGAGAGCUUGGCCCCUGCUCUUCGAGCUCAGGUUCUUGCUGAUGCCGAUGACGCUACACUUGCCGCACUUCCUCCUGCAAUUGCCGCUGAAGCGAGACGUUUACGAAAUCGAUUUGACAGAGAGCACGCUUUUCGCAUUCAACAAAGACUGACCCUCCCGAUCCCCCGGCGUCAUAUUCUUGGGGGAGCACGAAUACCGCCGCACAUGAUGGAAGAUUUGGCUUUUCCAGCUGGAGCACGGACUACAGAUAACAACACCGUCCAGAUUCUCGAUCGUGAUGCUCUUGCGGUUUUGAUAUCUUUGUAUUUCAUUGAUAACCCUCGAUUCAGUGUCAAUCGCUUGUUAAAGGUCAUCCGCUCCGUUUGCUCUCAUCCAGCAUCAUGUGAUUUUCUGAUUUGGGCCAUGUUAUCUCUUUUGGAGAAAGUUCUUGAAGUACCAGAUGAAGAUGAGUCGGUUGCUCCUUCUGGAACAUCUUCGUGGAUGGAUUGCUUUACAGUUUCUGGUAAUAACGAUCCAGCCAUAAAAAUCUCGACAGAUGGACAAAAUGCUUGGAUCCAUCCACAAAUCGCCUCAUCGACUGCUAAAUCAAUUUGUGAUACGUUGAUCAACUUGAGCAAAGUUUUUCCGGGACAUUUCCUUCCAUCUCAACUUCGAAAUGAGUAUAAGCCGCAAAAUCCUCUCAAGGAUAACCCGUCUUCCGAAAAGUUCUGGAAAAUUGUUGCUGAUAUUGGCCACAGAAAGUCUCAUGGAAAGGAAUCACAAUUGGUUGACGAGUUGCGUUUUUCGUCUUUGGAAUCAUCGCCGGCUGCGCGCUUGCUUCUGAUGCUCGAAAAACCAGUUUCCACCAGAAAUGUAGAAAUCCAGGGCAAGCUCUUGAAAAUGUCAACGCAAAUCUUUGUGACUUUGCCAAACAAUACGGCGGAAUUGGUUAAUGGUUCUGUUCCGCAAUCGGAAACACUGUUGCAUGAGCAUUUGGCCACAAUUGUUCAUUUGAUUACGAAAACAAAGCUACCAAAAGAAGCUAUUCAAGAUGCUCGCACCUUAUUGGUCGAAAUCAUUCGUUCACUGAGGUCUUCAACAUCAACUUUCAUUUUCGAGCAACUCUACCGAAAUAUUGAAAGCUUAGCUAGCCAGUUGAUUCCACAAAUAUCAGAACUUGGUGCUCAACUCAAAAACAUUAAACCUUCCUCGGAAACUGAGACAAUAUCAUAUCCAGCUGAACCAUCGGUUGCUGAAUGUAGUCGCACUGUUCGCAUGGGAGAACGCGUUCAGAUUAAUCGAUAUGAUGGGGAACGAGUUAUUAUUGAAGGAGAUGCAUCCGGAAGGUCGCUUGCCGUGGCUUCGACCUGUGAAGAACUACAACUGCCAGCCGUGAGCGCGCUUACUGAUAAGGCCGGUGUACAAUAUGCACUAUUGCAAGGAUUACAAACCGCAUGCAAGCUUCGUGACAUGCUUCGAAUCUUGAGAGAAAAACGGAGAAAAGAAGCCGAGGAAACCAAGAAGAAGCAACAGAGUGCGCAGAGUAAAACCACUCCUGCCGAAAUACCAGCAAGUGAACAAAUCACGGAGUCUGAUGUUGCCGGAGAGGAGCCUCAGCCAUCCACUAGCGCACAAGCUCCGACAAGCGAGGAGAAGAAGGAACUGACAUUGCCACCUGCACUUGAGCUCAAAGAGAUUGAAGAAAGAUUGAGUCAACGAUUGCAAUCUAUUGACGCUCUGUGGCCUCUUGUUUCCUCAUGUCUUGAACGCCUGGGAAAAGCGAGCGAUCCACAUGCUGUGUUAGCACUUCAACCUGUGGCUGAGUCAUUUUUCUUGGUCCAUGCAAUUCAUUCGAGUGAGUCUACAUCUAACGAUCACGAUGAUCCGGACACCAAAAAAUUGAUUCAAUUUGCAGAGCAGCAUCGCAGUGUCCUCAAUCAAGUGCUCAGACAGGAUCCCUCAGCUCUUGCCGAUGGUGGUCCAUUCACUGUUCUCACACUCUUCCCAAAACUUCUCGACUUUGAUGUAAAGCGAAAAUAUUUCCGAAAGCAGCUGACCACCACGGAGGAUGCUAGAAGCUAUCGACGUGAAGAUGUUGCGAUCCGAGUUCGCCGCUCUCACAUCUUCCUGGAAUCAUAUCGAGAACUGUUCCAUCUGAGACCACACGAAUGGAAACAUCGUUUCUACAUUCUUUUUGAUGGCGAAGAGGGUCAAGAUGCUGGAGGGCUGCUCAGAGAAUGGUUCUCAGUGAUCACCCGGGAAAUUUUCAAUCCAAACUACGCUCUUUUCAUCACCUCGCCUGGAGACCGUGUGACCUAUAUGAUCAAUCGUGCUUCCCAAGUCAAUCCUGAACAUCUCGACUAUUUCAAAUUUGUCGGAAGGAUCAUUGGGAAAGCAAUCUACGACAACAAGCUAUUGGAUUGCUAUUUCACCCGAGCAUUCUACAAACACAUUCUCAAUCUGCCUGUCAGACAUCAAGAUCUGGAAAGUGAAGAUCCAUCCUUCUACAACUCGUUGCGCUUCAUCUUGGAGAAUCCAAUCAAUGAAUUGGGCUUGGAUUUAAUCUUUUCACUUGAGGUCGAAGAAUUUGGAGUGCGUGAUUUCCGAGAUUUGAAGCCCAAUGGACAAUCCAUCCCAGUGACAGACGAAAACAAAGAAGAAUAUGUGAAGCUUGUUUGUCAGAUGAAAAUGGCCGGUGCCAUCCGCAAGCAGUUGGAUGCUUUCCUCACUGGUUUCUAUGAAAUCAUUCCAAAGAAUUUGAUCUGGAUGUUCAACGAACAAGAACUUGAAUUGUUGAUCUCGGGUCUUCCCGAUGUGGAUAUUGAUGAUUUGGCCGCCAACACCGAAUAUCGGGCUUACACAAAAUCAAGUCCACAGAUUCAAUGGUUCUGGCGAGCUCUCCGCUCAUUCGAACAAGAAGACCGAGCUAAAUUUUUGCAAUUUGUCACUGGAACUAGCAAGGUGCCACUACAAGGUUUCGCUUCUUUGGAGGGAAUGAAUGGAUCGCAAAAGUUCUCGAUUCACAUGGACAGUCGAAGUGGCGACAGAUUGCCAGCUGCACAUACAUGUUUCAACCAGCUUGAUCUACCUCAAUACGACUCGUAUGAGAAGCUCCGUGAAUGUCUUCUAAUUGCAAUUCGCGAAUGCACUGAAGGAUUCGGAUUUGCG